CAAGGAAAAAAGACAGUCCUCUCGAUCCGUGGUAAAGGAGAAGCAGAUUGGCUCACAGAUCCAUUCUCAUCCGUUGUCACUCGUUUCCUAGCCCUUCUACAUCAAUCAGUCGUCGUCGACUGAUGUCGACAAGGUGACUCUUGCAGCUUUUCCAAUAAUAAUCUCAACCAAAAACCUGUUUUUACCCUUCUUUUUUCCCUUUUUUUUUUUUUAAGGCAAAGUCGGACUCGAGCGGUGUCUGCAAGCAUCUAACUUGUAUACUUGUUUCCUACGCUUGGUCGACUUGGGCGAAAGACAUUUGCUUUUCAAGUUUAUGCGGAAGGACCAGCGUUCUUUUUCGACUUUAACGGGCGGUCCGACGGGGUUCCCUUGGUGCCUUCAGAGUCUUCAUCCGCGAGAGAAUUAAAUAAACAAAACAAAGAAGGGUGAAAGAGGGAUAAGAAGAGAUAUCGGGAUCGAUUUGGCACUCUACCUGGAUAAUUCGGAGCCAAUUGUGAAACCCACUUCGCCGAUUACGUCGUUACGAUGUUGCUUCCAAAGGGCGGGAUUACGUGGAAGUCCACACAAGCCAAGUUAGCCCCAUGGAGGGCCGUGUUGGGCGCUCUGUCGAGACCUCGAUUCAUACUCACGGCUGCGAUCAUGGGAUUGAUCGUGUUACUGUGGAGAGGUAUCAGCCAUUCAGCAUCCGAGAUGCAGAGCUUCUACUGUUUCGGACCGUCCAAGCCGCCGCAUAAAAUGACUGCCAACGAGAUGGUGGACUGGCACGCACACCUUCAAACGCCAGUUCUCUUCAACCACCACGAGCCAUACGAAAUUAAUUCAACUACCGUUCAAACCGUUGACUUAAACGCUGUCCACUCAACUCCAAAGGCAGUCCAGAAUAAGGAACGUGUCCUUAUCCUCACCCCUCUGCGAGACGCCUCGCAGUAUCUCGGAAAAUACUUCGAUCUCGUCUCUGAAUUGACCUAUCCCCACGACCUUAUUGACCUGGCCUUCCUUGUUGGCGAUUCAAAAGAUGAUACCCUUGCGGUUUUGGCGGCGGAGUUAGAUCGCGUCCAGGGGAUGCCUGGCAAGAUUCCGUUCCGAAGUGCCACGAUCGUUCAGAAGGAUUUUGGAGUCACGUUAGACAUGAACGUCCAGGAAAAGCACGGUUACGAGGCACAGGCUCCGCGCCGAAAGGCUAUGGGAAAGGCCAGGAAUUUCCUUCUCUCUGCUACGCUUAAGCCAGAGCAUUCCUGGGUGUACUGGCGCGAUGUGGAUAUCGUGGAUAGCCCAAAGAAGAUUAUUGAGGAUUUUGUCGCUCAUGACAAGGAUAUCCUCGUUCCCAACAUCUGGUUCCACAGAUACGAUGAAAAUGGUCGGGACAUUGAAGGAAAAUUUGACUACAACUCAUGGAUCGAAUCUGAUAAGGGGCGAAAACUCGCGUCUACCCUUGAUAAGGACACCAUUCUCGUUGAAGGAUAUAAAGAAUUCGAUACUGGACGAACCUACCUCGUAUCUAUGGGUGAUUGGAGGAAGAACAAAGAUGAAGAGGUCGAGUUGGAUGGAAUUGGUGGCGUUAACAUUAUCGUCAAGGCGGAUGUUCACAGAGCAGGCAUCAAUUUUCCCUGCUACGCAUUUGAAAACCAGGCCGAAACGGAAGGCUUCGCUAAGAUGGCUAAGCGAGCAGGCUAUCAAGUUGUCGGACUUCCAAAUUACGUCGUAUGGCACAUCGAUACCGAAGAGAAAGGCGGUAAUCUCGGCGGCCGGAAGGCCUAUUAAUAUAUCGCCUUCGGGAUGGACAGGUCGAGAAGGAACUAUGUUCACCGUCGUACCGAAAUCAUAACCUUACAGCCGGUGCAGGCUCUCCGUUGCAAGGACUCAUUCGCCCAAAAAAACUUUUAUACUCGCAUGAUGGGGCGCAACUCCCGAUAUCGCCUCGCAAACCCAUCCAUACUUGCACGGUAACCGGAAAGAAACGAAAUGAAAACACUAUUAAUGACCGCCUAGUCUCUACCCAAUCGAUCCCACACUGGAUUUCUCUUGCAUGUCGUCACACGGAAUAAUUGAGCCGUUCAUUUAUGCCCUUUUUUCUUGGAUGCGCUUCGCUUCGGGCCCUCAUUGUCUCCCCUUUGUGGGCUCAAGGCUACUUGCUAUCAUAUCCUUUUAUCUAAAACUUUAAUGGCGCCUGGGAAUGAAGGGGUUGUGCUUGUGCUUUUCUCACGGCUAUUCUUUUUUCUUGGUGUAUCUUUAUAGAUUAUAUUGCUUUUUAUUCGUUGUAUGUUUUCUUUCGUGUACAAGGGUAUUUUUUUCGUUGGGCUUGUUGUUUUUUAUACUUGGGUCUACCAGGCAAAACUGGUCUGUGUCCCGGAAAACGUUCUCUUGCUUCUUUCUCGACCGCUGUUAUUUUCUGUUCUGCUGGUCUACCUGCUUCGAGACAGCAGCUUUGCCAUUUAGUUCUUGACACUUGACUUAUACGCUUUCGCCAGCUUGCACCAGGUUGCGUUUUGCUCUUCGCUUUUAACUGGGGUUCAAGGCGCCUUUUUUUCCCCCUCCGCUUCGAUGUGUAUUCUUACUUUUCUUUGAUUCCCGGAAACCAGAUUUAAUUCCGACGCUUCUGGUGUUUCUUCCCCUCCCAGGACUGCCCUCCAUAACCUGUGGAAGUUGUUUGUGUAUGGUCCGCGUGGUUUUCUCACAUAUAGCAAGUUCCAUGGGCCAAGGGCAUACCGUGUAUGUACGCAUGCUUGUGUGGGAGAGUAAUAAUGAUAUAUGAAGGGGUUGCCUUGCUUUUACCGCUCUGUAGCUGCACGGAAGCGAGGCAUGAGUUAGGGGUUUAGUUAUCAACUUGUUUCCCAAGUA